CUUUUACCUCCUAAAUGUGUUUCCGAUGGCUGAAGAGGCUUUACCACUAUCUCCGGCGGAAAUAUUCCCGGCGGAACCGGGGCUACAGCCGGGAGAUCUCCCUGAGCCACAGCGGCUUCUGCAGCGGGAGCUUCUCCAACCACCACGGCCGCGCCUCCUUCUCCGGCGGCAGGGAGGGCUCGGUCACCUACAGGCCGAGACCCCCGCCCUGCCCGUCCCGGCCAGCGCCAGCCCCCUUCAGCAUCUCGGGGAGCUUCUCAUGUGACACCAACGGGUCCCUCGUGGUGGCCAGCGGGGACUGUGGGGUCACAUCUGGCUGGGACAUCUCGGUGGGCACGGUCCCGGUCUAUGGCUCCGGAGUGGGAGCGGGGUACAGCGGUGAGGGCGCGGCUCCUGCCCUGGGCAGCGCAUCCAUCUACCACGGAGGGGAUUUGGGAAUGGCUGAGGGAGGAGGGGCUGGGUAUGGAUACACCGCACCCCCGAGGGACACCCUGAGCAUGGGGGGCGUCGCUGAGGGGUCGGGGUACUAUGGGGGAUACAGAACCGGGACGUUCCCAGUCCCAGAGCUCAGCCCUGCGGGCGGGGGAUGCGCCCAGGUGGUGCAGCAGAAGUGCCCCGUGGUUGUCCCCACCGUCAAGACCCAGCAGUGCAAGCAGAGCACCCACUGGCCCCCCAUCCAGAAGAAGUGA